AUGGACCUUCUGGCACAGAUUAAGCUAGCCGAGAUUCAGAAUGCUGAUUCCUUAUUGUGUUCGUCGUUGCUUCAAAAUAACCAGAUUCCCUUGGAUGUUCUGGUAAGUCUGAUGACUAUGUCUGAAACAGUUCGUUUUCUAGCAAAUAAGAACCCUUAUUUGUAUCUUACCGUGACUGAUUACUGUCACUAUUUUGAUUAACACUCCUGUAUACAAGCUAGCUGAACUAAUAACUCAUUGUCAAACAAGGUAUAAGGUCUUUCUAUAAAUACAAUCAAGCUAACCACUAAUUAAAGCUUUGAUGCUAUCACCUAAAAUUGUAAAAUUGGCAUUCUCAUCAGCCUACUCUACUAACUGAAUCUGUUUCAGUUAUCAUGUUUCGAAGAGUCAGACGAACCCAGAGUAAAAAAGGAGCGGAUGGACGAUGCCGUAAGUCCAGUCGGAAUGACUUCUAGUGCUUCAUCGACCAGUGCCUGUUCUACCCAACAUAGUCCAUCACAAGGCCUAAUCAAUCGGUCGAGGAAACCGCCAGAGCCCAUUCCUAGCGAAAAGAAGGUAACUUUUAUUUCAUACUGUUUACAUAAUUAAGUACCAAAAUUAAUUCUUCAUUAAAUAGGUAAUAACCAUCAAUAAUAUCUUAAAUUAUAUUACUAUAAUAGGCAUAAAACUUAAAGAAACCAACAAACCACGAUAUAUACAAUAUUCUUGGUAACUAAACUCACUUUUAACUGUGUUUUAAACUUUACAUUUUUCCAGGACCAAGCCUACUAUGCCAAACGAAAAAAGAACAACGACGCGGCCAAACGAUCUCGAGAUGCCAGACGCCUCAAAGAAGAGCAAACUGCACAACGAGCUGCCGAACUCGAACAGGUCAGUCAUUUACAUCCGUUACUUUUUUUAAACUUUUGAAGCCUUAGAAGAGAUUUAAAAAUAUUUUACAUUCAAAAAGCCGAACUUUCCUAUAUAAACCAAGCUACAAAAAUAAAAAUUUCAGGAAAACCAAUACCUAAAACAAAGAAUCGAGGAGCUGAACCGCCAACUUUCAUAUCACAAAACCCUCAAAGCAUUGGCAGAAGCGGCCGACUCGAAUAACAACAACAAUGAGGCUAGUUUGCUGCAGAACACCGUGCUACUCAGCUUCUUGAACAACACCUCGCUGCUGGGUAACAAAAGGAACGACAACUGA